UCUCCAUCAUGUGGAACUCGACAGUAUUGCGUAUAUAGUCUUCCUACGUUACCCAUAAUGCUUGCGCAUCAGCGUCACUCAUCCCGGAACAGGAAGUGUAAACUUCUUCGCACUAACACUAUUUGGGUGAAUUUUGUUUUCGAGAGAUGAGUUGCCUGCUGGAGAAGGUGCUGACAGACGCCAGGUCUCUGGUGGAGCGGCUUCGGGAUCACGACAAUGCUGCUGAGAUCCUGAUCGAGCAGACCACCGUGCUGAACAAACGCGUGGAGGCCAUGAAGCAGUAUCAGGAAGAGAUCGAGGCACUCAACCAGGUGGCGAGGCAUCGUCCACGAUCUACCCUGGUAUUGGGCAUUCAGCAGGAGAACCGGCAAAUACGCGAGUUGCAGCAGGAGAACAAAGAGCUACGGAUAUCUUUAGAAGAGCAUCAGUCAGCAAUGGAGCUGAUCAUGAGCAAGUACCGGGAGCAGGUGUUCCGCCUCCUCAUGGCCAGCAAGAAGGACGACCCGACUAUCGUCUCUCAGCUCAAAGAGCAGCACACUAGCCAGAUGCAGGCGCACAUAGACAAAAUCAACGAGAUGGCCACAGUGAUGAAGAAGGCCAUUGAGGUAGACGAAGGGCGUGCGUGUGAAGAUGAGGAACGCAUCAAGCAGCUGGAGUUGGAGAACCGAGGCCUGCGAGAGCUGCUGGGGAUUAGUCGAGAGGCGUUCCUGGUGCUGAGGAGGGAAGAGCGAGAAGAGGCGUCCGAGAGCACCUCUCUGUCUCCCCUCGUGACCAGCAGUGACCUGAGCUUGAGGAAGAGCUAGAGUGGAUUUCUGCUUCACCUGAACAAAAGACUAACCUCAUACAGAUUUCAAACACACACCCACACCCACAUUGAAGAGGAGAACAUUGUCCGAAUCUCCUGCGUAUCUCAGUUCUGUACAGCUCGUUUCAUAGUCUCGUGGACGUCAGGCUUCGUUGCUUCACCCAGAACUGCUGUACAGCGCGAGUGUGUGUGUGUGUGUAAAAACACCAGGGUUGGAGCAUCAUAAAGUGUACAUAUGAAUGUCUAAUUCUGGUCCACACACUGUAAAUAAAUCCACGGCUGCACGUCGCGUACGAUGAUGUAAAAUUCAUUUUAAAGUCCCGCUUGCUUUUAGUGCUGCCUUGAAACGUGCGACAGACGUGUUCGUAGAAAUAAAUAAUAAAAAUGACAUUUA